ACCCUCCCCUUGUUUCACCCCCAUUGCCCUCCUCCAAUAAAGGAAGAGAAGAAGAAGAAGAAGAAGAAGACCAAGAAGAGAGAGAGGGGGGAACAAGAUUUCUUCAAUUCUCUCUUCCAUCUCCUCCUCUCUGUUACGUGCUUGAUUUUUUUGGUCCCCGGGAAGCUUGCGCAGAAAGAUAGCAAAAUGGUCCGGCUAUCCGUGGGAGUCUUGGGAUUAAUGGAGCUCUUCGUUAGCUGCCUCGUCCAUCUUCUGUACGGCUUCUAUAUAUUUAGCACCGCAGUGGCGGGGGAUCUCUCGCAGGCUCUUUCCGAUUGCUUCCGGCCUCAUACUCUUAACAUCGAGGAGAAGGUGGUGCCUUUGGAUGGGUCCGUUCCACCCAUAGUUCUCGUCCAUGGAAUCUUUGGAUUCGGCAAAGGGAGGCUUGGAGGGUUGUCGUACUUCGCCGGGGCGGAGAAGAAGGAUGAGCAUGUUCUUGUGCCUGAUCUGGGCUCCCUGACCAGCGUGCAUGAUCGGGCGCGAGAGCUGUUCUACUAUUUGAAGGGAGGGCAGGUGGACUAUGGGGAGGAGCAUAGCAGGAUUUAUGGGCAUUCGCAGUUCGGGAAGGUUUAUGAGCAAGGGCACUAUCCAUUGUGGGAUGAACAGCACCCAGUUCAUUUCGUUGGGCAUUCGGCAGGGGCGCAGGUCAUCCGACUCUUGCAGCAGAUGCUGGCUGACAAGGCCUUCAAAGGAUAUGAGAACACUUCUGAGGAUUGGGUACUGAGUGUAACUUCAUUAUCAGGUGCACUCAAUGGAACCACAAGAGCUUACCUAGAUGGAAUGCAACCAGAAAAUGGAAGGUCUUUGAAAUCUAUUUGCCUGCUCCAGAUCUGCCGAAUAGGAGUCAUAGUGUAUGACUGGAUGGACAUCGCAUUGUUCAAGAAUUACUAUAACUUUGGGUUUGAUCACUUUGAGAUGCGAUGGAGGAAGACAGGCAUUUCAGGUCUUGCCGAUCUGCUAUUAGGGAAUUCAGGGCCAUUUGCAUCUGGUGAUUGGAUCCUGCCUGACCUUACGCUUCAAGGCUCUCUGAAACUAAAUUCCAGCCUGCAGACCUUCCCUAACACUUUCUACUUCAGCUAUGCAACUAAGAGAACAAAAAGGAUUAUGGGAGUUACCGUGCCAUCUAGUGUUCUUGGAAUCCACCCUUUGCUCUUCAUUCGAGUCUUGCAAAUGUGCCAAUGGCGGUUUCCCUCAGAUGUGACUCCACCCUACAAAGGUUACAGGGAUGAAGAUUGGGAAGACAAUGAUGGGGCACUGAACACAACAUCCAUGACACAUCCUCGCAUACCAGUAGAACACCCAAGCCAUUUUGUUGUGGAUGAUGCAGACUGCCAUCCCAUGCAACCAGGGAUCUGGUACUACAAGAUCGUGGAAGCCGAUCACAUUCUUUUUAUUGUGAAUCGGGAAAGAGCAGGAGUGCAAUUUGAUCUUAUAUAUGAUAGCAUCUUUGAACGCUGCAGAAAGCAUGCCUUUAGGACCACUCCACCACCCACACUGCCUAAUGAUGGCCGCUCAUAGACUUAUUUUUAGUCCAUUUACACAUACACAACAGAAAAGUACCGAGAGCGAGAAGCUGGGUUAUGGACUUACGGCUACUCUCUGAUUUUCUUUUUCUCACCCCCUUCAGCCCUGCAUGUAAUAUUGAAUGGAUAUCAUCUGAGCCUUAACAAGAGGCUCAAAAUUUUCAUUUGUACACCAAAGUCAUCUUCAAUUUUUCAAACAAGUAUCUCCAGGAAUUUUAGAUGUAUAUAGUUUUUUAUUUCAUAAGAAGAAUCCAAAAUGGCAAUUACAAUAAUUUCUAGUAGUACUACAAUAUUGUA